AUGAAGUUCUUUAUCGAUGAUUUGCCGGUGAUUUUCCCGUAUCCCAAGAUCUACCCCGAACAGUAUCAGUAUAUGUGCGAUAUCAAGAAAACUCUUGAUGCUGGAGGCAAUAGUAUCUUAGAAAUGCCUUCAGGAACAGGGAAGACUGUCUCUCUGCUGUCUUUAGCGGUGGCAUAUCAGACUCAUUAUUCGGAACACCGCAAAAUUAUCUACUGUUCUCGUACUAUGUCUGAAAUCGAAAAAGCGUUGGUUGAACUGGAGUCAUUGAUGGAUUACAGAGCCAAAGAACUCGGAUACAGAGAGCAAUUUCGCGGUCUGGGGUUGACCAGUAGGAAGAACCUCUGUCUAAAUCCAAAAGUUCGCAAGGAGAGGAAAGGUACGGUGGUCGAUGAAAAAUGUCGCCGGAUGACCAACGGUCAAGAGAAACGUAAACUCGAGCAAGACCCCAAUGCAAAUGUCGAGCUCUGCGAUUUCCACGAAAACUUGUAUUCUAUGGAGCCCGAAAACUACGUCCCCAUAGGUGUCUACUCUUUUGAAAAGCUAAUAAAAUAUUGUGAAGAAAGAACGAUGUGCCCGUAUUUCACUGUACGUCGUAUGAUUUCUAUGUGCAACAUAAUGAUUUACUCCUAUCAUUAUCUUUUAGAUCCCAAAAUUUCAGAAAGAGUGUCUAGGGAGGUCUCCGGAGAUGCCAUUGUGAUCUUCGACGAAGCUCAUAACAUUGAUAACGUUUGCAUCGAGUCGUUGUCACUAGACUUGACAAAUGAUGUUCUAAGGCGUGCCACCAAGGGUGCUAAUAACUUGACGGAAAAAAUACAGGAAGUGAGGCAAGUUGACUCUCAAAAACUACAAGACGAAUAUGAAAAACUUGUUAAUGGGCUUCGCGCUCACGACAUGUUAGGUACUUCAGAGGAACCUCCUGUAGAAUCACCAGUACUUUCUCAAGAUUUACUGACGGAGGCAAUCCCCGGUAACAUCAGAAGAGCCGAGCACUUCGUGUCAUUUUUGAAAAGAUUUAUCGAAUACUUGAAAACGAGAAUGAAGGUUUUGCACGUAAUUUCAGAAACGCCGAACUCAUUUCUACAACACUUGAAACAGCUCACUUUCAUUGAAAAAAAACCUCUUAGAUUCUGUUCUGAGCGUCUGUCACUUCUAGUAAGAACUCUGGAAGUAUCAGAAAUCGAGGAGUUUAAUGCUCUGAAGGAUAUCGCCACAUUUGCAACCUUGAUUUCAACCUAUGAAGAAGGAUUUGUGUUGAUCAUUGAGCCAUACGAAAUCGAGAAUGCUGCAGUACCUAACCCUAUCAUGCGAUUUACAUGUCUGGAUGCCUCGAUUGCAAUCAAGCCAGUUUUUGAAAAAUUCUCCUCUGUGAUUAUUACAUCCGGAACCAUAUCACCGCUGGACAUGUACCCUAAAAUGUUAGACUUUGAGACUGUAUUACAAGAGUCUUACGCAAUGACUUUAGCAAAAAAAUCUUUCCUACCUAUGAUUGUCACCAAAGGAUCUGACCAAGUUGCCAUCUCUUCUAGAUUUGAAAUUAGAAAUGAUCCUAGUAUUGUAAGAAACUACGGCUCAAUGUUGGUGGAAUUUGCGAAAAUAACCCCCGACGGUAUGGUCGUAUUCUUCCCUUCUUACCUAUACAUGGAGAGCAUUAUAUCUAUGUGGCAAACAAUGGGCAUAUUGGAUGAGGUCUGGAAAUAUAAAUUAAUUUUAGUAGAGACCCCCGACGCUCAAGAAACAUCACUGGCACUUGAGACGUAUCGCAAAGCAUGCUCCAAUGGGCGUGGUGCGAUUUUACUAUCAGUCGCACGAGGUAAAGUUUCAGAGGGUAUUGAUUUUGACCACCAAUUUGGGAGAACAGUACUCAUGAUUGGAAUACCAUUUCAAUACACGGAGUCGCGUAUAUUGAAGGCUCGUCUCGAAUUUUUGAGAGAGCACUAUCAAAUCAGAGAAAAUGACUUCCUUUCUUUUGACGCCAUGAGGCACGCUGCUCAAUGUUUAGGCAGAGUUUUGAGAGGUAAGGAUGAUUAUGGAGUCAUGGUGCUUGCAGAUAGGAGAUUUGCUCGUAAGAAAAACCAAUUGCCAAAAUGGAUAGCCCAAGGUUUAUCUGAUGCCGAUGUUAAUUUAUCCACAGAUAUGGCCAUUGCUAACACAAAGCAGUUUUUAAGAACCAUGGCUCAACCGACAGAUCCCAAGGAUCAAGAAGGCGUUUCUCUAUGGAGUUACGAACAACUGCUAAAGUUCCAAAAUGAGCAGCAAAAGAAGGCACAAGGAUUCGAGCCGGCUCCUGCUCAAAAAAGCAACAGCAUUGAAUUGGAAGACAUGGAAGGAGACGUUCAAAUGCAAUAG